GCCUCUCCUCAAGUCUUUCUCCGUGAGCUCUCCUGCAUCCGCACAGCCCCGGAACAUUUCUUGGUCUGUUGGUCGAUCGGUUCCGGUUGCCUUCACCAUUAGUACAUCCACCUCGGAGCUCCUAUGGCUGCGCAAUCUUGGAACCCUUUCUCUUGCUGCGUCCGCGGGGCAGCCGUGGACGGCGACGACCACUGCGAGUCGCGGAGGGGGAAUAAGGGCAGCCCGAGGUCGCCGCUGAAGAACCUGAGCUCGUCGGGGACGCUAUCACCGGAGGAGCUGUCGCUGACGCUGUCCGGCUCGAACCUGCACGCCUUCACCUACGCCGAGCUCCGAGCGGCGACGGCGAGCUUCUCGCGCGCCAACUACCUCGGCUGCGGCGGCUUCGGCCCGGUCUACAAGGGCGCCGUCGACGACAAGCUCCGCCCCGGGCUGGCCGCGCAGCCCGUCGCCGUCAAGUACCUCGACCUGGAGUGCGGCACGCAGGGACACCAAGAGUGGCUGGCAGAGGUUUUCUUCCUUGGGCAACUGAGGCACAAGAACCUGGUGAAAUUGAUCGGGUACUGCUACGAGGACGAGCAUCGAAUGCUGGUGUACGAGUUCAUGAGCGCCGGGAGCUUGGAGAAGCACCUCUUCAAAAGUACCAAUGGUUCUCUCCCAUGGAUGACAAGGAUGAAGAUCGCCGUCGGCGCGGCAAAGGGCCUCGCCUUGCUCCAUGGUGCCGACCCGCCGGUGAUCUACCGCGACUUCAAAGCCUCCAACAUCUUGCUCGACUCGGACUACAACACUAAAUUGUCAGACUUUGGGCUGGCCAAGGAUGGGCCUCAAGGCGACGCAACACACGUGACAACACGUGUAAUGGGGACACACGGGUAUGCAGCGCCCGAGUAUAUCAUGACGGGCCACUUAACCGCCAAAAGCGACGUCUACAGCUUCGGUGUUGUGCUCCUGGAGCUACUCUCAGGACGACAAUCCGUGGACCGUGCACGACGACCAAGGGAACAAAACCUAGUGGACUGGGCUAGGCCCUAUCUCAAACGGUCGGACAAACUACACCAGGUGAUCGACUCAGCCCUCGAGUGUCAGUACUCGUGCAAGGGUGCUGAAGUGGCUGCGCUGGUGGCAUACAAGUGUUUGAGCCAAAACCCCAAGUCCCGACCAUCCAUGCGUGAGGUCGUCAAGGCAUUGGAGCCUGUACUCGACAUGGAUGACUUUUUUCCAGCGGGACCGUUCGUGCUCACCAUCGUUGUCGAGGAUGACAAGGUGAUGGACAUGAAGGUGGAGACUGAGGAGAAGCACCAAAGCCAUCACCAGAACCAUCAGGAUAGGCACCGACAUAAGUACCCCGAAUCAGCGAUCCACGGUGACAUUGUGAUCCAUGGAGACAACAGACAGGUUGCCGGGUUCACCGGUGCGUUGCGGCGACAACAGAGGACGUUGAGUUACCACCGGGAAAGAGGGGCUUAAAAGUUAAGAGUAUGGUAGGGAAAGUGCGCAUGAUUGUAGAUAGAAGUAUGUAUAUGUACAUACUAUUGAGAUGUGAUGCACAUCGUUUGUUUAGAAAUUAUGGAUGGUGUUUCUUUCUUCUCUUCAAAAUAGUGGCAAACAUACAAAAGUUUGGUUCAGAUUUUGGCCAAGUUUGUUGUUCAAAUAUGUGUGCAAAACUGCAAGUGAAUGAGUCUACCUGAUGCCACAUGCUCAUUACUUUCACUUUACUGAAAAAGGCUUUCGCCCCGCUUUAUAUAUAAAGCAUCGACCAACAACAACCCGGUACAAACGCAUGCUACCACAACACACGCACACCACCAAGGCAAGAUACAUAAGCGUUGAGCGCAGCAACACCACCCCAAGCACUACAAGAGCAGCCGGGUCCUCGCCCGUGAACACGCCACCGUGAAGAGAUGAAGCUGCAUAUGACGAACCGUGGGCUCCAAGACGGUGCCUUCAGGAAGAAAACGACACCGGAACGCCCUGUGCUUUCAAAUAGUUGGUCCAAUAUUGUAAACCGUUGGCAAGUGAAUUGAUAAUCUGAGAGGAAAUUGACACAUACAAGCAUAUACUUAAUUCUUAAAAUAUUAGAGGCAAAAUACUGCAAGACCACAAGUUGAAAUUGAUGGCCUCAGUUAAUGAUGUCAAGCUGGAUAGGGCAUGUACACGUUGCAUCCGUAGAACAGUAAUGUGUUCUAGCCGCCCUGUGCUUCUGCCCGGCAGCAUCUUCGUGCCGUUUUUGCGCCUUUUUGGUUCUAAUUUAUGUUGUUUGGUCUUCUUGCGAUCUGCUUUUAUAAUAUGAGACCUUUCUUAUGAAUUUUUGUCGUUCGGAUGUGUACUUUGAUUAUUGCUUUAUACAUAAAAGUGAAGUGAACGCGUAAUUCAAGACUAUUAUUUAUUAUCGUUUACGCCUCAUUAAGAAAGAAAAAGAAAACUACUACUAGUAUCUCUUACUGGCCAGAUCGAUCAGAAUCAGCUGACCAAUUUGGCCAAGCAAUAGACUUAAUCAGUUAUUGACUUUCAAAUUUCACUCGCCUAAUUGGUUUCUGUCUCCUACAAGAAACCUAUACUCCAGUCCAAAAUUCUCCCCAAAAAAACACGAAUAGACAGCGGCUGGUACAAACUAGAGUCAUUUACAUGUCAGAACAGAUACUUGGGUACGUAUGGUAGGCUAAACUCACAUGGUAAUCUUGGGUAGUCAGAACUAAUAAUCACGAGCACGUAUAUGCUUGCAUCACGGGCAUGCAGUGAAUCGGUAAGGAUUCAGAGACCAUCCUACGGAGUACAUCGCUGGCUGGUCUUGGUGUCUUGGAUCAAAACGUAGACAGCAAGCUCACCCUCCAAGAUAUUUUCCGGCUUGUUUUGCUGCUCCGUACUGCAUGUCACAUCAUUCUUGCGAGUCGUAGAACGAGCGGAGAGAUGUGUGUCUACUCGUACGGGCGACUGGUCUGAAAAGAAGAAAUGCAGGAGCACUGUACAGACGACGACCUAAAAGCCUGAACCAAUGCUAAAUAAGUAUCUCAUCGAUAUGAUGCACGCUAGUCAGUCAGCGGACCUGGUUGGAAGGAAAUAUCUAUCCACAAUUAAUGAAGUUGAGGUGUGUAUCCACACUUAACCCUAAACUGCUAAUGGACAAUGUGUACAAGAUUCUGUGAAGAAAUGAAGAAUAAGAAGCCGGCCUAAUCCAAUUCAGAACAGGGGACAGUAGGCGGAAAGAAGAUUGUCCCUUCAAUUAUACACAUCUUUAGAGAAUGGGCUGUUUUUUUUUCUUAUCAUUUGGUUUGAUAUAGGUUUGAAUGUCCCUAAUUGAUUCUGUGGGCUAAAUAUGUCAUCCUGAGAAGGUUUUAGUCAACUAUCUCUCAGGAAUCCUCAAAAAAGAAAAA